GAAGUAAAACUUUCUGCAACCGUUUGUAUAUGUGAUGUAACAGCGCAAGUGGAGCUAACCUUACUUUUGAUCUGAAGAAUCAGUGCUUUUAAUAUCCUGGGACUUAGGCGUUUGUCCAGAGAAUCAUGUCGCGAGUACCAGAUGUUCCGGAUACGUCGGCCAUGAAUGGAGACAGGCCCAUGACCAUAGUGCGUCGUAUGGAACGUGAAAGGGAACGGAUGCUCGGAAUGACGGAUGAGGAGCGAGCAUGGAGGAAAAAGUGGCUGGAUGCACAGAAGCUUGAUCCUGAGGAACCAAUAACACCACCAGGUUACUAUGAAGAGAUGUACAAUCCAAUCAGAAGAUUCUACAUGGCACCUGGACUAAAAUUUGAGAGCAUGUUGGCGCCAUACAUAGGUGAGUUGAAGGCAACGGUAACACGGCGUUCGAUAACCAGACUUAUGAUGAGUUUCAUUGGAAUCUAUUGUGUCUAUUAUCAUGUGAAAUACAAUAAAAAGAAUUGGAUGAAAAAUGGCGGAUUCCAAAUCUCGGUGAGCAGAUCGAAAAUGUAUCCUGACAAUAAGGACCUGAAAGCUCUGUACAAAACGAAGGGCAAUGAAUUCUAUGUGAACGGUUUCGAUAAAUCUCCUAUAUAAAUGCUCCAUUUUUCUUGUAUAGUUAUUAUUUAAUUAACAUCGUUAAAUGUCAUUAAAAUAAAAAACACGAUGUUGUUAAUAAACAUUGUUAGUGAUAAAUGCAAAAUAAUUUCUUGUAGGAUAUAUUUGACAUGUUAUAUAUAUUGUUUCGUCCAAAUACACAAGACUACAUUCGUGUGCUUGCCAUGAA